AUGGAAGUUCCACUAUCAUAUAUUAUUGGUUCCAUUGGAGUUCCUCUGGAAGCAGAUGAGGUCAUUAAUCUAUUAAAACGAAUGCAAUUUAAUGCUGAAAGAGCUGGAUCAGGUACCUCCUAUAUCAGUGUGUUUGUACCUCCAACCAGAAGUGACAUUCUUCACCCAUGUGAUGUUAUGGAAAUAAUGAUCGAAGGAAUAAUAUUUCACGGAUGCAUUUUUGAAGGGGAGGUUAUUGGGCUCCUCCCUUGUGGGUUUCUGUUAAUGAGGCUCUUUAUUCUUGUUCAGGAUGUUGCAAUUGCUUAUGGCUAUAAUAAUAUACCAAAGAGAAAGCUUUCAUCUUUGAAGCCCCUCCCCUUGAACCAGCUCAGUGAUCUUAUAAAAUCUGAGAUAUCCAUGAAUGGCUUUACGGAGGUGUUGACAUGGAUUUUAUGUUCUAAGAAAGAAAAUUUUGAGAUGUUAAAUCGGAAGGAUGACAAAUCUACUGCGUUGAUCAUUGGAAAUCCCCGCUCUUCUGAUUUUGAAGAUGAGAAGGAAAAGGACAAGAAAAAGAAAUAUGAAUAUUAG